UCUCUCUCUCUCUCUCUCUCUCAAAUCACCUUCUCACCGUUCUCCCUCCCUCCGUCAAAUAUCUAGGUUUUUUUUUUCCUCCCCCAAAGCUUCCUACUUCUAGGGUUUUAUCUCUUCUUUUCUCCUCAAGAUUUCAUUCCUUCUUGUAAUUUCUUUAGAGAUUAGGGAUUUGAAUCCAUGUACAGAUGAAAAAGAAAUCUUCACCUUGAUUCGUUCCAUUCGUUGCGUGAUUAAUCGAUCGAUCUUCCCAAAAAUUACCAUGCGUUCUGCAUCGGCUCCGAUUCAGAUUUCUUAGCAAGAAUUAUCGAAUAUGGUUGGCGAGGAUGAUGAUGCCGGGUCCCGUGGGCCAUGCCCGCUGCCCACCGGCGGCGCGGGCCGUAAGACGUUCUGCCGCUCCGUUUCUUGGUCGUUGCCGCGAUCCGCGCCGCAGAGCAACGCCCACUUUGAUCAUGCAAGGGAUUGCACAGAUGCCACGGAGAAGAACUGCGGGCAGGGGCAGUUUCGACGGUUCCAAGUCCCUCUCACCCCUCGGUCGCAGCAGAACCUGAAGGCACGGUCUUGCCUCCCACCGCUGCAGCCGCUGUCGAUUGCAAGGCGGAGCUUGGACGAGUGGCCGAAACCAGGGUCGGAUGAUGUCGGGGAGUGGCCGCAGCCACCCACACCGAGCGGCAGGGCCGACUCGAGCCGGCCUGGGGAAGGGCUGAAGCUAGAUCUGUCCUCGUUUCAGAGGAACCCAGAUGUGGCCGCAGGGCAGGCUCUGGUCAAGAGGGAUAGGAUCGCUUUCUUUGAUAAGGAGUGCUCGAAGGUGGCGGACCAUAUUUACCUUGGUGGGGAUGUUGUGGCCCGUAACCGUGACAUUCUGAAGGAGCACGGAAUUACCCAUGUUCUCAAUUGUGUAGGAUUCGUCUGCCCCGAGUACUUCAAGGCGGAUCUCGUGUAUAAGACCCUGUGGCUACAAGACAGUCCGUCAGAAGACAUCACAAGCAUUCUGUAUGAUGUUUUUGAUUACUUUGAGGAUGUUCGGGAGCAGGGCGGGCGGGUACUGGUCCACUGCUGCCAGGGUGUAUCCCGCUCAACAUCGCUGGUGAUUGCAUAUCUCAUGUGGAGGGAAGGGCAGAGCUUCGAUGAUGCAUUCCAGUAUGUGAAGGCUGCACGUGGGAUCGCAAACCCCAACAUGGGUUUCGCUUGUCAGCUGUUACAGUGUCAGAAGAGAGUCCACGCUAUCCCUCUGAGCCCCAGUUCGGUGCUUCGGAUGUAUCGGAUGGCGCCCCAUUCGCCGUAUGACCCGCUUCAUCUUGUCCCAAAAAUGCUGAAUGAUCCUUCCCCAUUGGCGUUGGACUCCCGUGGGGCAUUCAUCUUGCAUGUGCCCUCAGGAAUAUAUGUGUGGAUUGGUAAGAGCUGUGAGCAUGCAAUGGAGCGGGAUGCGAAGGCAGCUGCAUUGCAGGUUGUUCGAUAUGAAAAAGUGCAGGGGCCGAUUGUAACAAUUGCAGAAGGGGAGGAGCCAUCGGACUUUUGGGAUGCAUUUUCGAGUGGUCCACUUCCUGUAGAUAAGGAGCAGGUCGAAUCAGCAGUCAAGACCGGCACAGGUAAGAAGAAAGUAGAUCAGUACAAUGUAGAUUUCGAGCUUUUCCACAAAGCGAUCACAGGGGGCUUUGUGCCACCGUUCUCACAAUCGGGAGCAGGCCAAGAGACUCACCUCCCUGCAAGAGAGAGCAAUUGGAGUAUAUUGAGGCGGAAGUUUGUGUCAGGAAGUGUAAAGGAGUGGGUCACUACUUCCAGGGUUGCUCUAUCUAGGGUGUAUUCUGAUUCAAUGCUGAUGGUAGAAGCCAAUACUGGAGUAAGAAAAAGUCAGCCAGUAGUGGACUCCUCGUCAUCACCUCAUCUUUCUCCGUGUUCUCUAUCAUCCGAUUCCAGCACCAGUUCAAAAUCUAGUUCAGACUCCCCCACGACGUCGCCUUCAACGUCUUCCAGUUCACUUACUCCAUCACCUGCAUCCUCAAACUUGUCCAACUCGUUACCACCAUCAUCCAAAUACUCUCACCCUGUAUCGAACAACCAGGAUCCUCCUGCUGCCUUCAAGCAAUCUUCGAAGUCAUUCUCAAAAUCAGUUUCACUUCCAGCUAAAGGAGUUGGUCUUUCACUUGCUGAACGAAGAGGGAGCUUAUCUCGGUCAUUGAAGUUGCCAAAGACAAAUAUAUCCCUUGUAUCUCUUGUAAGUCCGCAAGAGGGAUUUAUGAGGGAGAGCGACAACUACACUUCUGAUAACAAUGUUUUUGAUGUACCAAGUAAUGGAGAACACUGCUUAGACUCUGAGAAGCCCAAUCCAGUGGAAGAUAUAAGUCGAAAGAUUCUGUUGGGGGGGUCUCUGGGUGAAUCGGUCGUUGAUAGUUUGUGCCCCGAGGAAGGUGAUUUGGUGGAGGCAUGUGGAGUUGUGAGUGAAUGUCCCUUGAAUGAAGGUCUAGGGUCAUCUGUUUUGACUCGGUUGAUUGAAAAUGGGGCAGAAUAUUUGAACCGCGUUUGCCCUGUGGUAUACAGCUGGCCUGUUUUAGAAAAGAUUGUAGAAUUUGGUACGAUUGAUCUUGACUCCAAGGCAGUGUUUCUUUUCUUAUCUCCAGAUGCAGGUCUAGACAAGCAUAAGGUUGGGAUGCUGUAUUUGUGGGUAGGAAGUUGCUUUGAACAUGAUAGUAGUAGUCAAAUGGAUAGCCACAGAGAGAUAGGUGAAGCAAAAGAGAUUGACUGGAAUCGAGUUGGUUCUGACGUUCUUACUUUUAUGGGUCUGCCAAAGGACAUCCCCAUUAAGGUUGUUAAAGAAAAAGAGGAGCCAGAUGAAUUCCUUGAAUUGUUGAAAUUUUUUUAGCAUCACUGAACCAGUGAAAGAUAUGGAUGCAAGGGCCCAAACACCGCCAUGGUUUCUGCAGUUCACAAGUCAUGCUGCCGACAAUUUUUGGCGUUUUCUAAGUGCUUCAGCUGACAAAAUCAGUGAGAUCUGCCAUAAUGUGGCUGUGGCUACCAGGCAAAGGUCCCAAGGAGCAUGGCCUUGGGUUUGGAGAAAAUCCAAGGAACCUGUGUGCAGUUUUCAGGCUUGACAGCCUCUAUAAUUUCUACCCAACAUUUCAUUAGUUCUUCAUUGGCUUCCUUUGAACUCCAUUGCAAGCCUCAAACCAUGACUGUGCUGUGAAUUCUGUGAACCGCUUUUCAACUCCUUCAGCUUUGUUCCAGAACUAAUUAUCCCUACUGAGAUAGUUAGCUUCCAGAUAAUCCCCUGCCCCCCAACCACAUUAAAAAAAAAAAAGAAAAAAAGAAGAA